AUGGAAGUAACUGAAGCCCCUGAUCCACUACAGGACAUCCGUGAAUGUCUUAGGCAAGAAUAUUUGGUGAAAAAGAAAUGGCGUGAGGAUCAGAAAGUCGAUCGACGUCGCGAUUCAUUUGCUCAGAUUUGCUCAAUAUAUGCAGCAAUUUUCAUCGCCACGCUGGGCGUUGGCUUCUUGACAUAUAUGCAUGAUACGUUCGUCGACAGACCCGAAGGCACGCCAGCCAAGACUACAGAUCGCGUCGUUAUCAUGUGUCUCCUUCUUUCGGUCCUCCUUUCGAUUAGCUCGUCUAUCGCCCUUGGUGCGGGUUCGUCCCCAACGCUUCUCCUGAGUAUACCAAGCUCUAAGCACGAAACCAUUCGCGAACUCCUCGGUGCAUUGGAUGCUGUAGGCUUCCCGCAAUGUUUUACCAGGAAGCUACUCUGGUGGUACGAUUCAUGGGGUCACCACGCUCAGAACUUUCCAAUGUAUUCUAUACCCGCUGGCCGUGCUCGACAACGUCGUGGCUGGGACAUGCUCAGAAGCCUUUUCAUCUCCGUUCGUCGUUGGAAGUUAUCAACAGCUGGCCCUAAGCCAAACGAAUUCGAGUUCCAAUUCGUCACCACCAUGCUCCUCGUUGCACUUGUCUGUAUGGCUUUUUCCCUCUUCUGUUUGGGUACAGCCAUUAUCACCUUCGCAUGGGCCGAGUUGGGACAUCCUGUUGCAACUGCAGUUAGUGUUAGCUGUAUUUUCCCAUUUGCGGUUGUCAUGCUUGUUGUCAUUGUAUACAAAUGUACUCUCCGUCGCCGUUCUAGGGAGAUUAAAGGACAUGGAACUAGUGUACCGGUGACUCCGUCUCCUGGAGAGUCAUUCACCAUCAGUCCUGUUUAG